UGCGCGCCAUGGCGUCGUCCCGGGGUCGGCGGCGGAGAUCGGGGACCGUGGUAGCCGGGGAAGCGGCGGAGACCGACUCGGAGCUGUCCGCAUCCUCGUCGGAGGAGGAGGAGCUAUACCUGGGUCCCUCGGGCCCGAUGCGCGGCCGCCCCACCGGGCUCCGCGUGGCCGGGGAGGCAGCGGAGACCGACUCAGAACCGGAGCCCGAGCCCGAGCCCACGGCCGCGCCGGGAGACCUGCCCCCGCUCGUGGUGCAGCGCGAGGCGGCGGCGGAGGCGUGGGGCACCGAGGAGGCCCCGGCCGUAGCGCCUGCCCGCUCGCUGCUGCAGCUCCGGCUGGCGGAUAGCCAGACGCGCCUGGACCACGACGUGGCGGCCGCGGUGAGCGGCGUGUACCGCCGUGCGGGUCGCGAUGUGGCUGCCCUGGCCGGGAGGCUGGCCGCUGCACAAGCCACGGGGAUGGCGGCCGCCCACAGCGUGCGCCUGGCUCGAGGGGACCUCUGUGCGCUCGCCGAGCGCCUGGACAUCGUGGCUGGCUGUCGCCUGCUGCCGGACAUACGAGGGGUGCCGGGCAUGGAGCCUGAGCAGGACCCAGGACCGAGAGCUUAGGCUGACACGCAGUGUUGUCUUGUCCGAGUCCCCUCACCACUCCGGUCCUUCCCACCACCCCCCCUACCUGACGCUCUUUGAUCCGGGAUCACAUCGGGAGCCCCCAAUGCGUGGUAGCCUUUGGUUUGUGCCCACAGGAGACUAGUCCUGGCAUCUUCGUUGGUUUGCCCGAUUUUAUUUAUUCUUAGCACAGUUCUGGGAUUCUCCACUCCCAAAACUCGGUCCAGGUCAUGUGGACCUCAAUCAGCUCUGGUCUGUUUCCUAAAUCAAGCUUUAUUCUUGGGCUAAGCUAUGCUUUGAUUUCUUUUGUGGAACCUUCCUGGGUCUAGGCUGGAGAGGGGAGGGGUCUCUCUGGUUUACAUUCCCUAAUGAUGGCCACUCCUGACCCAAUGAGACCUUCCUACACUCCCGGCAGACCACUGUGGCAGCAUGCAGGAACCAAACUAGACAAGGUAGUAACCCUUAACCCUCUGACACCCAUCAGGCCCUGUGGUCGGGGCAGCGCCCCCUGGUGCUUUUUGUCGCUAUAAGACAUGACUGCCCACCGCUCACUGUGUUGUUUCUGGAUGCUAAAAGGACAUGGAUUUCUGACCUCACUGGGCACUAAGGACA